AUGAAGUUUGAGAAUAUGUUAAUUGCUAAAGGUAAAAUAAUUGGGGUGAAUUAUAAUUAUAAAGAAAGAUGUAUUAAAAAUAAUCAAUAGUUAUGUAGUGGGGGUGGAAAAUACAAUUUAAAGGUCAAAAGAAUGGUAAAUGGAUGGAAUUGAUUGAUAGAUUUUAGAAUAAUACAUAAGUUAUAUUGGUGAAUAUAAAAAUGAUAAAAUAGUUGGUAGAUGGGAUAAUUAGUAUAAAGAGGCCAAUAAAGAACAAAUUUAAUUGAUGUAAAUAAUUGUUAUUAAUAUAUUAAGUGGUGGGAAGGUUAUAUGAUUAAAGGAGUGAUGAUAAUAAGAUUGGAAGAUAGAUUGAAAUGAGUGAUGGAUUUUAAGAUGAUUCAAAAUUAACCUAUAAGGGUGAAUAUAAAAAUAAUCAAAAAGUGGGUAAAUCGGAGAGUUUUUGGAGUUGGGUAGGCAAUAAAAAUGUAAAAUUAUAAAUUUAAACACAUGCAUAAGUGCUGGAGCAUCUUACGAUGAAAAAGACUCAAUAAAAGUUGGAAGAUGGAUGGAGUUAAGAGAUGGGUUUGGUUUAUAUAAGUAAGUCAUAUAUAAUGGUGAAUAUAGAAAUGGGAAAAAAGUAGGUCAAUGGAAAAUUUCUAAUAUAGAGAAAGGCACUGAACAAUUUUAAUAGAUGUACAAUGAUUUUAUUAUAAAUGUUACAAAAAGUGGUUCUUUAAUGCAUGAUGAAGGAUGUGAUGGGAUUAAUAUUGGAAGAUAGAUUGAAUUGUGGGAAAAUUUUAAUGAUUAUUCACAAGUUUAUAAUAAUGGUGAAUAUAAAAUGA